GAGAUUAGCUAGGAAAGAAGAUAGACAAGUGCACAUUGUCUCUGCUGAGGCAAGCUGUGACUCCAUGAAAGAGGAUCCAAGGAAACAAAUUCUAGCCGCCACAGCCUCCAACAGUGGUUGCUGCUGAAACCCUGAUACUUGAGCCCAAGGAGCUAAUUAUCAUGGCAGAGGACAAUUUAUGGUAUGAAGGGAUACCUUUCCCAACGGGCCCUUACAAACCUGAAAUCUUGAGAAAAGUACGUGAAGAAUUUGUGAUGGAGGAUGAAGAUGUAGUAGUAAUCACAUUCCCCAAAUCAGGAACACACUGGUUGGUUGAGAUUCUCUGCCUGAUUCACUCCAAGGUGGAUAUCAAGUGGAUCCAGUCUGUGCCCGUCUGGGAACGCUCACCCUGGAUAGAGAUUGAGCCCGGGUUUUCAAUAGCAACUAAGAAGAAGGGCCCACGCUUGCUCACCUCCCACCUCCCCAUCCAUCUCUUCCCCAAGUCUUUCUCCAGUUCCAAGGCCAAGGUGAUUUACCUCAUAAGAAAUCCCAAGGAUGUUAUUGUAUCAGGCUAUUUCUUCUGGAAUUCAGUGAAUUUGUCUAAGAAGCCCAAGUCAGUGGAACAGUAUCUUGAAUGGUUUGUGGAAGGAACAGUGCCAUAUGGGUCAUGGUUUGACCAUGUUCAUGGCUGGGUGUCCCUGAGAGAGAGGGAGAACUUCCUGAUGCUGAGUUAUGAGGAGCUGAAACGGGACACAGAAGGAACUGUGGAGAAGAUCUGUCAGUUCCUGGGUAAGAAGGUAGAGCCAGAAGAACUCAGCCUAAUCCUCAAGAAUAGCUCCUUCCAGGCCAUGAGAGAAAACAAGAUGUCCAAUUUAUCCACGCUGAAACCUAAGUAUUUAGUUCACCAAAACCCACUUAUGAGAAAAGGAGUUACUGGGGACUGGAAAAAUCACUUCACAGUGGCCCAAGCUGAAGCCUUUGAUAAAAUACUCCAGGAGAAGAUGGCAGAUCUUCCUCAGGAGCUAUUCCCAUGGGAAUAAUGUCUAAGAUAGUUCUGGAUCUUAUACUGAUAGUGAUAUUUGUUCUCCUGUCGCUAUAUGGGUGUGUGCCUGGGGAUCAUUGCAUAAAAACUAUUAUUUCAUCCUGGAGCCUUGAAUGAUGGAAUCUUUGUAUUUUUGAUGACUUCCUUGUUAAAAAUCACCAUGGUAUCCCUCCCUGCACAUGUCCUGGCAUCCCAGACCAUUUGAAAUGUUUAUAUCUUUUGAAACAUAUAAAAUGCUGUAGAAAUAAUAUAAGUAUUAUCCAAAAGUGUGUCCAAAAUGUAAUACCUUUUUUAGACAAAGUUUUGCUCUGUGACUGGCACUGGAGUGCAGUAAUGUUAUCAUAGAUCACAGAAACCUCAAACUCCUAGGCUCAAGAAAUUCUCAUGUCUCAGUCUCCUUAGUAGCUGGCACUAUAGGUAUGCACCUAUAUGCCCAGAUAAUUAUUUAAUUUUUUUGUAGAGACCUAGUCUCGCUCUUUGUUAGAAUCAUCUCCAAUGUCUGGCCUUAAGUAAUACUCCUUAUUCAGCCUCCAGAGUCCUGGGAUUACAGCAAUGAGCCAUGGAGCCUGACCAAAAAAUUUGUAUAAAAAGAAGAAAGAGUGACAGAUUUGAGAGCAAAUAAGAAUCAUAAUAAAAAUAAGAAAUUAAAUGACAAAUUAAAUAACAAAAAUAAGGCUCCUCAUGUCUAUUUGCAUGAUUUAUUAUUAUUCUGACAUUAGGGAGUAUAAUUUCAGCGUAACAGCCAGUUAUAUAACAAGAGUGAUGCCAUCUUGAAGAGAAACCACUGCAAUGAGCAAUGGAUGACUCCUGCAUGUCAGCGUGUUCUGUAGCAAAGUCUUUCAACAAUGCUUGUAGCACAGAAAACCCCUCAUAAAGAAAUAGCAGAUCCUCCACAGCUGACCACCUUCCUACACUGACCACCUCUUUAUGUCAACCAAAUUUGCAUAGACCAACAUGGACCACUUUGACAUAUCAGUGGAACAGUGGGCCUAGUCCUUUUUGUUGACCACCUUCAUCCUUUGUCUAAUUUUUUACAGUUUUGGGGGAAGUCAGCUUGCAGAGGUUCUACUAUACUUGUCUAACCUCUCUAGUGGUCAUGAGUUUCUAAGACAUGACCACCUGCUCAUGUUUUACCCUAAAUCCUUUCUGUACAAAGGAUAUUUUCUCAAGUGUUGUGGGGACCUGCUGUCUCUCAACUACCCUAGAUAUUACAUCUGGUUGUUGAUCCCAGGAGCAAUUCUGAGCCCUUCAUGUGACGUCACACCUUGAGGGGGUGCCAAGCAAUCACUUAGCAGCAAGCUCAACACAUCAGACACAUUUCACUGAAAGGAGGCACUGGUUGGUAUUAUAAUACCCCGUUUCCCUGAAAAUAAGACAUCCUCCGAAAAUAAGACCGACUUACAGGAAAGAUAAGAUGUCUCCUGAAAAUUAGACCUAGUGCAUCUUUGGGAGCACACCUUAAAAUAAGACACAGUCUUAUUUUUGGGGAAACAGGGUAGAUACCUUCCAGUAUAUAAGGCUUUAGCCACCUCUGCUAUCUGGGGGCUGACAGCAUGCUGGAUUAACUGACGUAAGUAUCUCUGCAUCAUUUGCUCCAAACAAAAUAUCAAGUGUCUGGCAAUGGAAUUGCAGUGAUGGGCACCUGACCUCACAAUUCUGUCCCUGAAGUACACUGCAUCAUCUGAAAAUAGCUGACAUAACACAAAUUGGAAAGCUAGUUACAUCAUUGUAUAAGGUGCCAGCUUGAGGACAAUCACCUGUGUGGUGUAGGGGUAAUUCUAUAGGAUACAGACUCAGCAAUUAGCUAACAGCUGGAGGAUCACUUGAAGCGGAGAGCUCAAGACCAGCCUGGGCAAUAUAGAAAGACUCCAUGUCUACAAAAAUUUAAAAAAUAAAGAAAAAUGAUCUGGGCACAAUGGCACACAUACAUAGUUCCAGCUAUGCAAGAGGCCAAGGUGAUAGGAUCCCUUCAGCCCAGAAGUUCAAGGCUUCAGGGUGCUGUGAUCAUUCUACUGUCCUCCAGCUUGAGCAAUAAAGUGAGAUUCCAUGCCUGAAAAAUAAAAUUUUAGGUUUUCUUCUGCAGUGGGAUUGGUAGCUCAUACCUGUAAUCCCAGGUUGGGGUGGAGGUUGGGAUAUAGCUUGGAGCCAGAAGAUCAAUUCAAGCCUGCAUCAUUGAAGUGAUGCAGUGAGACCCCAUCUGUCCAAAAAAAAAAAAACAAACACAACAAAUUAUGUGAGCAUAGUGGCAGGUGCCUGUAGUCCCAGCUACUGGGAAACCUGAGGUGAGAGGAUCACUUGAGGCCAGAGAUCUAAGACUAGCCUGGGCAACCCAGUAAGACCUCAUAUCUACAAAUAAUAAUAAAAUGAAUUUUUGCUCUGCAAAAGAUCCUAUUAAGGGAAUGAAAAAGGUUAGCCAAUGAUAGGGAAGUAAUACUUAUAAAUGACCUCUAGCAAAUAACUUGUUUUUGGUAUUUACAAAGAACUCUCAGAACUCAGCAGUGAGAAAACAAUGCCUUUUUUUUUUUUUAAUGAACAAAAGAUUUCAACCAACAAAAGAUUUCAACAUCCCAAAGUGGAUUAGGGAUGGCAAAAAAGCAUGUAAAAAUAUGCUUAGCAUUAUUGGCUCUUAUGGAAAUAUGAAUUAAAAUCACAAUAAGAUACCGGUAGAUACCUAUUAGAAUGGAUAAAAGAAAAACUGCUAAUAUUACCUAGUGGGGGGAGGGCUGAAAGCAAUGGAGUCUCUUCUGGGAUUCUGGCAGACAUGCUAAAUUAUACAGACAGCCUGGAGAACAGAUCGUUUCUUUUCAAGUUUCGCUUACAUUUGUACUCUUUCUAAAUUCAAUAUCACAGCUACAUUUUUGUGUCUGGCUUCCUUUAUUCAUCAUUUUGUUCAUGAGAUUCAUAGUCGCAUGUAGUAUUUCUUGAAUCAACGCACUGAAGCUUAUUUUAUCCAUUAUAUUGUUGAUGGGAAAUGGGAAGUUUGUAGUUAUGGGCUAUAAUCCUUAAAGCAUCUAUUAUCAUGUCUUAUUUGUCUUAGUGAAUAUUUCGACUGGAUAUAGACAUACCUAGGACUGGAACUGCUGGAUCAUUAGAUGUGUGGACAUAAGGAUUUAGUAGAUGCUGCUGGAUUAUUUUCCAAAGGGGUUGUUCCAAAGCAGCCAUGGUUCCAAAUCCUUAGCCAAAUUAGUAUUUUCUAGCUGUUUGGUUUUAACUUAAAUUACACUAAUGGAAACAAAUAUAAUAUUACCUCUAGUUUUUCCCUCUUUUACUUUUACUUGAAUGCUGGGUGACUCUUCUCAUCCCAACCAGCUCUCUCCUAUGUGCAACCAGCAAGCCUAGCUGUACACCAGGAAAGGACCCAGCAAACAAAACUGCAGAGUAAUAUCCCUUAUGAACAUAGGUGCAAAAAUCCUCAAUAAAAUACUAGGAAACAAAUACAAUAGCACAUCAAAAUGAAAAUUCACCCUGAUCAAGAGAGUUUCAGCCCAAGGAUACAAGGAUGGCUUAACAUACGCAAAUAAAUAAAUGAGAUUCACUACAUAAACAGAGGCAAAAACAAAGAUCAUAUGAUCAUCUCAAUAGAAACAGAAAAAGCAUUUCUUAAAAUCCAGCACACUUUCAUAUCCCUAGUUUUUUUAUGCCAAACAAACUAGGCAUAAGAAGAACAUACCUCAAAAUUAUAAAAUCCAUAAAUGACAAAUCCACAGUCAACAUCAUACUGACUGGGGAAAAAUUGAAAACAUUCCAAGAACUGGGACAAGACAAAGGUGCCCACUGUCACCACUUCUCCUCAACAUAGUACUAGAAGUCCUAGCCAGAGCAAUCAGGCAAGAGAAGGAAAUAAAGGAGAUAUCAAACUAUCCCUGUUUGCUGAUGAUGUGAUCUUGUAUCUAGAAAACUAAAGACUCUAAACAGAUUCUAUUUCCAAAAAAGCCCACAUUCUAAGAUACUAAGGGUUACGACAUUAAAACAUAUGUCGUAUGUCCUGUUUGGAGGACACAGUUUGACAAUCUUAAAAUCCUGGAUGUUUUGGAUUUAAAGGCAGAGUUAGCUGCUUGUUUUUCAGUAAACAGAGAAAGGUAAGGCACCCUGCUGUCCUUUGGUAGACAGAGCUUACUUUGGUGUCACUAUGGAGCUUACCGUUAAAAAGAUGGAAGACGAUUACUAGUACUUUUUGAUCCAUAGGUUAUUCAGAAAUUUCUUGUUUAAUUUAAAAGUAUUUGAAUAUUUAUGGGUAUCUUCUGGUUGUUGAUUUAUAAUUUAAAAUCAUUAUGAUAAGAGAAUAAAUAAUUUAUAUUUUUCUAACUUUUGACAUUUAUUGAGCCUUGUCCAAUAGCUGAGCAUUUGGCCUGUCUUAGUGAAUCAGCCAUGUGUACUUGAAAAGAAUGUGUAUUAUAUUGCUCUUAGGUGUAGUAUUCUGAAAAGACAAAUUCAGUUCAAUUUUAAUGUUCUCCAGCUACACUGGUGGGUAGGAAGCACUUUUGAUUUGCAUUUCUUUAGUGACUAAUAACCCUGAGCCCCUUUUCCUGCACAUGUUGGCUGUUUGCUUAUCUUCUUUGAGGAAAUUUCUACUCAAGUUUUGGGCCCAUUUUUUAAUUGACUUUUUGUUGUUGAAUUGUAGGAGUUCUUUAUUUGUUCACAUAUAUAAUUUGUAAAUAUUUUAUCCUAUUCUAUCUGUGUUCUUUCCAAAGUCUUGUUCCUUGAGAUAUAAAAGUUUUUCAGUGCAACACCCUCCAAUUCCUCUAUUUUUUUCUUCUUCUGUGGUUGGUGAACUGAUUUCAAAGCAAAGAAACCAGUGCUAAAUCCAAGGUCAUGGAUGUUUACCCAUAUCUUUAUUCUAAGAGCUUUAGGAUAUUGGGGUAUAUGAUCCAUUUUUAAUUAAUUAUUGUAUACAUUGUAGGGUCAGUGUCUAACUUCAUUAUUUUAGAUGUAAAUAUACAGUUGUUUUGGCCUCAGUUAUCGAAGAGGAUGGUUUGUGGGUUUUUUUUUUUUUUCCGUAGAGACAGAGUCUCACUUUACUGCCCUCAGUAGAGUGCUGUGGCAUCACACAGCUCAGAGCAACCUCCAACUCCUGGGCUUAGGUGAUUCUCUUGCCUCAGCCUCCUGAGUAGCUGGGACUACAGGCGCCCUCCACAAUGCCUGGCUAUUUUUUGUUGCAGUCUGGCCAGGCUGGGUUUGAACCCACUACCCUCAGUAUAUGGGGCUGCACACUACUCACUGAGCGACAGGCGCCACCCUGGUUUGUGUUUUUUUAGACAGAGUCUAACUUUGUUACUCGUGCUAGAUUGGAGUGGCAUCAUCACAGCUCACAGCAACCUUAAACUCCUAGGCUCAGAUUAUCCUCCUGAGUCAGCCUCACAAGAAGUUGAGACUAUAGAUAUGCUGUGUACCCCAUUGUGUCAGGGUAAUUUUUUCUAUUUUUAGUAGGGAUAAGUCUCACUGUUGCUCACACUGGUCUUGAACUUCUGAGCUCAAGUAAUCCUCCCACCCUGGCCUCCUACAGUGCUAGGAUUACAGGCAUGAGCUACUGUGUCUUGCUGAUUAUUUUCUUUAAUCCUUCAAAAUUUCAGUGUAUAUUUUCUAAGAACAAGGACACAUGCUAUAUCCCCACAGUAAAAUUACAGAAAUCAGGGAAACUUAUGCUGAUACAAAAUUAUUGAACAUUAUCUAAAUCCAUGUUACAUAUUCAAAUUUGGCCAAUUGUUCCCUUGAUAUAAUUGUAGCAUGGUGUGCACGUGUGGUCCAGGAUUCACAAAGUAUCUAGCUUCAUGUUCCUUCAGUUUGAGAUUUGUUUUCAUGACCAUGUGACAAUUUAAAGAGGACAGACUUAGUAUUUUGCAGAAUGUUUCUGACUGGGGUUUAUGCAAUGUGAUCUUGUGAAUAUAUUAAAGUCUAGAAUUGAUGUUUAAGACAAGCCCACAGAGAAAGGGAGGAGGGAAAAAGGAAAAUUACAGUGGAGAAAUCUGAAACACGUGACCUCAGAUGACCAAGGUUAACAUCAUCAGUGCUAGACUGUGUUGAUAUGAUAAUGGCAUUUGUUUCUAUGACCUUUCUCUUCUCUCCAAAACCCAAACCCAGUUUAAUUAUGAGAAAAUCAUGCAAUAAAUUCCACUGCAGGAACAUUCUACAAAAUAUCUCAAAAUGCCUCAAUAUUGUCAGAAUCAUCUAAAACAAAAUGUCUGCAAAAUAGUCACAGCCAAGAGGAGCAGAAAGAGACAUAAUGAUUAUAUGUAAUGUGAUGUCCUGGAUCGAAUUUUGGAAAGGAAAAAGCAUAUUAGGUAAAAUUAAGGACAUCUGCAUGAACUAUGCACUAUGGGAACACUUUGUACUCGGUUUGGAAUUUCUCUAUCUUUUUUUAGCUAUAAAAAAUAAAGCUUAUUGAAAAUAU